AUGGCCCCUUACGCCCGCUACGUCCCGUCCAAGUCUGCUGCGCCUGUCGUUGCACAAGUUGCACAAGUUGCACCCGCCACACAAGUCUCGAAUCCAGGCAAAGCGAAGCAAGUCAAGGUGCCCAAGGGCCCAUCGAGAUCCGACGACAAUGGCAGAAAAAAGAGAAAGCGCUCAGAACUAGACUCUUCGCUGGACCAGGACGACGACGCGCCUGCCAUACCAAACAAGCACAGUGCCGUCUAUUCGAAGUUCCAGAAAGCUGCCCUGCGCUCAGAAGUUGCCAGAGCCUCUGCGCCAGACGACACACUCGAUCCAGCAAGCCUGCCCGAACUUCAUGAUCUCAUCCCCCUACCACAGCCCGAGCGCGCACCGACUCCCGAUUUCGUACCCUCUUUCUCCUCGCUACCGCAAUGGCUGGCCCAUCCCACCCUCGUCUCGCAAUCCACUACUUGCUCUUUCAGCCAGCUAUCUCUUUCCAAGAAGACUCUGGCCCACCUUGAAUCCAGAGGCUAUACGACCGCCUUUGCUGUUCAGGCUGCCCUGCUUCCUCUCCUUCUCCCACAUCCCUAUCUAACCCAUCUACCGCCGAACGAUAUUUGUGUUAGCGCUCCAACUGGUAGCGGCAAAACUCUGGCCUACGUGCUCCCCAUUAUCGAGAAUCUGCGCACGAGGCUCGACACGAAACUACGUGCUGUCAUUGUAGUACCAACCAGAGAGCUAGUCGCCCAGGCAUACAACGUGGCAUCCUCAUGCUCUCAAGGUUCUGCCAUCCAGAUCGCCCUGGCUGUUGGUAAUCAAUCCGUUGCUGUCGAGCAGGACUCGUUGGUCAGAAAAGGUCGAUCAUAUGAUCCCGAGCGUUACUGUUCCCUCAUGGAGAAGGCAAGGAAACGUCAGUGUUUCGAGCUCGAAUCGGAUCUGGAUGACAUUGAGGCCACGACGCUCGACGACGUCGUUCGUCUACCGCCCAACUACGUCCCAACCUACACUUCGGCUGCCGACCUACUGAUUUGUACCCCUGGCCGUCUGGUCGAGCAUUUGACUGCUACAGCGGGAUUCACCUUGGACCAUGUCGAGUGGCUAGUAGUCGAUGAAGCCGAUCGUUUGUUGGAUCAAAGCUUCCAAGAAUGGGUUGCGAAGGUGACCACUGCUUUGGACGUCCAGAAACCCCAAUCAGAUCCAACCCCUGAGACUGCUGCUGUGCGCAGCCUCAUGCCACGUCGAGAUAGAUACGUGAGGAAGAUCAUCUUGAGUGCCACAAUGACCCGCGACAUAUCAAAACUGAGUGCCCUCAGAUUACGACGACCUACCAUGGUUGUCGUCAAGACGGAAGCCGAUGCUACUCUAGACGACAACGCUACAACAGCCGAGAAUGCAGAAGGCUUUGAACUGCCCACAACUCUUUCGGAGUUUGCAAUUCCCGUUGGAGAUGGCUCUGAUAAGCCAUUGUUCCUGCUUGAACUACUCCGAUCUAAGAUCAUGUCGCACUCAAUGUCUGGUCUGGUCCAGACCAAGGACGUCAGCUCUUCAUCAUCCUCCGAAGAUGAUUCGUCCUCCGAUGAGGAUUCGUCUUCUUCUUCUUCUGAUGAUGAUGAUGAUGAUGAUGACAACGAUGAUAGCAGCUCAUCUGACGAUGGGGAUGACAGUUCGGAAAGUAGCAGCAGUGACGACGAGAGCGUUAGCGAUGCUUCCACAACAACAACGACAUCAACGAAAAAGGCAGCAGCUCUCACAUCUACCCCUCGUGGAAGCAGUAUGGUCCUGAUCUUUACUCCAAGUACCGAAGCAGCAGCUCGCCUAUACCAUUUGAUUACGCAUAUCGAACCAUCUUACAAAACGACUACCCUCCUCCUUACCAAAGCAUCCACAAAUCUCAACUUCCAGACAGCCUCCUCGCCCCGUAUUAUUAUCUCGACUGACCGUGCUUCACGAGGUCUUGAUCUGCCACUUUUGACGCAUGUCAUCAACUACACUAUCCCACGCAGCCUGGCAUCAUAUGUGCAUCGCGUGGGACGUACAGCGAGAGCUGGGCGAACCGGUGAGGCCUGGACGCUAUUUACAGAGAACGAAGGUCGUUGGUUCUGGAAUGAGAUCGCAAGAGCCAAGGGAAUAGGCAGAAACGCAAAGGUUGAGAGGGUCAAUUUGAAGCUCGCUGCUGAACAGAAGGAAGAUGGAGAGAUGCGUCGUAGGUAUGUGGAUGCUCUCGAGGGCAUGAAGGAGAUUGUUACCAGCAAGAACACCAAAGCAAACAAGGGAAAAGGCAGAAAGGACGACGAUGUAGAAAUGGCUCUAUGA